AUGGGGAAUUACAAAGAUGCAGGGAAGGCAUACGUUAAAUGGUGUGCUCAGAUGGCCCUAGCACAAAAUAUUGGUGUUCCAUGGAUCAUGUGUCAGCAACCUGAUGCUCCUCAACCCAUCAUAAAUACUAGCAAUGGAUACUAUUGUCAUAAUUUUAAACCCAAUAACCUAAAAAGUCCUAAAAUGUUCACUGAAAAUUGGAUUGGUUGGUUCCAAAAAUGGGGUGAAAGGGUUCCCCAUAGAAGUGCUGAAGAUUCAGCUUUCUCAGUCGCACGCUUUUUCCAAAAUGGAGGUGUAUUAAACAAUUACUACAUGUACCAUGGAGGAACUAACUUUGGCCGCACAGCAGGUGGACCAUAUAUGACAACAUCUUAUAACUAUGAUGCACCGAUUGAUGAGUAUGGGAAUUUGAAUCAACCAAAAUGGGGACAUCUUAAGCAACUUCAUGCAGCAAUUAAAUUGGGCGAAAAUGUUCUUACAAAUUAUAUAUCAAUAAACAACACAGAUCUGGGCAAUGGGAUCACACUUACAACAUAUGCUAAUUCCACUGGCGCAAGAUUUUGUUACCUGAGCAAUAAUGACACUAUUAAAGAUGCAAAUGUUGACUUACAAAAUGAUGGUAAAUACUUUGUUCCUGCCUGGUCCGUCACCAUUCUUAAUGGAUGCAAUAAAGAAAUUUUCAAUACGGCAAAGGUUAACAGUCAAACCUCAAUAAUGGUGAAAAUGAGUGGUGAUAAUAGUUCUAAUGGACUCAAUUGGGAAUGGAAAAUGGAGCCAAAGAAAGACACCAUGCACGGAAAGGGAAAUAUUAAAGCACACCAGCUUUUGGAGCAAAAGGAACUAACCUUGGAUGCUAGUGACUAUUUAUGGUACAUGACUAGUGUUGAUAUCAAUGACACGUCAAUUUGGAGCAAUUCAACUCUCCGUGUGAACACUAUGGGCCAUACACUUCAUGGUUAUGUUAAUAGGAAGUAUAUAGGAUACCAAUUUAGCCAAUGGGGAAAUAAAUUCACUUAUGAAAAGAACGUUUCUUUUAAGAAUGGAACAAAUGUUAUAACUUUGCUUAGCGCCACCGUCGGGCUUGCAAAUUAUGGUGCAUGGUUUGACGAGAUAAAAACGGGCAUAUCAGGUGGCCCUGUUCAAUUGAUUGGAAAAAAUAACGUUACUAUGGAUUUGUCAACCAACCUUUGGUCUUAUAAGGUUGGUUUGAAUGGUGAGAGGAAACGUUUAUAUGAUUCGAAAUCACAUGUCGGUUUAUCAUGGAACACUAAUUCACCCCAUAUUCCUAUUGGAAAACCUAUGACUUGGUAUAAGGCAGAGUUUAAAGCUCCUUUUGGAAGAAACCCUAUUGUGGUGGACUUCCAAGGCCUGGGUAAAGGACAUGCUUGGGUGAAUGGACAUAGCAUUGGUCGUUAUUGGCCUUCUUGGGUUACAUCUACAAAUGGAUGCAGUGACACGUGCGAUUAUCGUGGAAAAUAUGUAAAGGAAAAGUGCAACACCAAUUGUGGAAGUCCAUCGCAAAGGUGGUACCAUGUACCAAGGUCAUUCUUGAAUGAUGACAUGAACACAUUGGUUUUAUUUGAAGAAAUAGGUGGUAAUCCUCAAAAUGUUCAGUUCCAAACUGUGACAACGGGAAUUAUUUGUGCUAAUGUACAUGAAGGUGCACAACUAGAACUAUCAUGCCAAAGUGGACAAGUAAUUUCACAAAUCCAGUUUGCUAGCUUUGGAAGUCCACAAGGUCAAUGUGGUUCUUUUAAGAAAGGCUCUUGGGAAGCUACAAAUAGUAAAUCUGUUGUGGAAGCUUCAUGCAUAGGAAAAAGUAAUUGUGGAUUUAUAGUCACAAAAGAAAUGUUUAGUGUUCCACUUGGCGUAACAAAUAGUAUAGCUAGAUUAGCAGUGCAGGUGACAUGUUAA